AUGCUGAGGAAAAGAGGUAGACCGAGCAAGCAAACUAAGAAGAGGAAUAUUGACCCUAUCAUUGGAGGUCUUGAGAUCUCGUUAGACCCAGAUCCGAAGGGGAAAAGAGUUAGAGACUCAGUAGAACAGAAGGCAACUUCUGAAAACGAGACUAGAUCGAUUCAAAAUGAUCCAGAAAAGAAGUUCGGCGUCGAGAGGUUGAAUGCUUUAGAAGCCACGAUGUUUGAUGGAACCACAGAUCCAUUAGAUCCUGAAAUCUGGUUGGAUUUGAUUGAGAAGUGUUUUAAAGUUAUGAGAUGCCCUGAGGACCGCAAGGUCGAGUUAGCGACAUUCUUGCUACAAAAAGAGGCUGAGAAGUGGUGGAAAGUGAUAGAGGUUAGAAGGGGUAGUUCAGAAACUAUGACUUUGUUUGAGUUUAGACAAGUAUUUGAGGAUAAAUACUACCCUAGUUCUUUUAGAGAUACGAAAAGGGAGGAAUUCCUUAGGCUAACUAAAGGAGUGAUGACGGUUGCUGAGUAUAAACAAAAAUUUACUGAGUUAUCUCAGUAUGCCCUUCUGAUCAUCGCGGAAGAGAAGAAGAGGUUUGAGACCGCUAUUCGAGUAGAGCGGAGUGUAGUGAAGGAGGAUGAACUUCAACCAGGAGAAGGACAGUUUAGAGUGCCUGGAGAAACAAGAACUAAAAAAUUUAGAUCCUCGUUCUCUAGACAGUCGGGGAUAAGGAGUUUUGGAGGCAUGAGCCAACAAAGUUUGAGUCGAAAGAAGUCCAGACCUGUAGCUAAAAAAAGUGGUUGA